UCUUCGAUCAGGAAGAUGGCUGCUGGCUGGCUGCUGGUCUUCAGCCUGACACUUUUCCAGUCGCUCGUGCUCAACCUCUCCUCGGAAGGACCCUUCCCCUCCGCCACCACGAUUAAGUCAUGGGUAGAUAAGAUGCAAGAAGAUCUUGUAACAUUGGCACGAACAGCAAGUGGAGUGGACCAGCUCACUGGGAUCUAUUUGAAAAACAAAGAUUUGUACACUGUAGAAGCCAACAACCCUCGUCAGUUGGUGGAAAUAGCAGCCAGAGACAUUGAAAAACUGCUGAGUAACAGAUCGAAAGCCUUGGUGCGCCUUGCUAAAGAAGCUGAAAAGUAUCAAGCAUCACAUCAGUGGAGGGAUGAGUUUGGGAAUAAUGAUAUAAUCUAUUACAAUGCAAAAGAUGAUCAGAACGAUCCUGAAAAGAAUGAUACUGAAUCUGGCAGCCAGAGAAUCAGACCAGUGUUUGAAGAAGAUCCUGUUUUCCGACGGCAAACCUCUUACCAACAUGCAGCAGUCCACAUACCAACAGAUAUUUACGAAGGCUCRACAAUAGUACUGAAUGAACUCAACUGGACAGCAGCGCUGGAUGAUGUUUUCAAGCGGAACAGAGAAGAAGACCCCACCUUACUGUGGCAGGUUUUUGGCAGUGCCACUGGCCUCGCCAGAUAUUAUCCAGCUUCCCCAUGGGUAGAUAAAAGCCGAACUCCAAACAAAAUAGACCUGUAUGAUGUUCGCAGAAGACCAUGGUAUAUCCAAGGAGCUGCCUCUCCCAAAGACAUGCUUAUUUUAGUUGAUGCGAGUGGGAGUGUCAGUGGCUUGACAUUGAAGCUGAUCCGCACAUCAGUCAUCGAGAUGUUGGAGACCUUGUCUGAUGAUGACUUUGUAAAUGUAGUUUCAUUUAACAAUAACGCGCAGAACGUGAGUUGCUUCAAUCACCUUGUCCAGGCGAAUGUGAGGAACAAGAAGAAGCUGAAAGAAGCAGUCUAUAAAAUCUCUGCUAAAGGAAUCACUGAUUAUAAGAAAGGCUUUAGCUAUGCUUUCGAACAGCUGCUAAACCACAGUGUCUCUAGAGCUAACUGCAAUAAGAUUAUCAUGUUGUUUACGGAUGGUGGUGAAGAAAGAGCACAAGAAAUUUUCCACAAAUAUAAUGAAGACAAAAAGGUACGUGUGUUCACGUUUUCUGUUGGUCAACAUAAUUAUGACAAAGGACCCAUACAGUGGAUGGCCUGUGAAAACAAAGGUUAUUAUUAUGAAAUCCCUUCCAUUGGAGCAAUUAGAAUAAACACCCAGGAAUAUCUGGAUGUUUUGGGAAGACCGAUGGUUCUAGCUGGAGAAAAAGCCAAACAGGUCCAGUGGACAAAUGUCUAUCUGGAUGCUCUGGAGCUGGGCCUUGUGAUUACUGGAACUCUGCCUGUCUUCAAUCUAACAAAAGAACAAAAUGGGAAAAUAAAUCAGCUGAUUCUUGGAGUAAUGGGGGUUGACGUCUCUCUGGAGGAUAUUAAAAAACUGACCCCGCGAUUUACGCUUUGCCCAAAUGGAUACUAUUUUGCAAUUGAUCCUAAUGGGUAUGUGCUACUUCAUCCAAAUCUCCAACCAAAGAACCCUAAAUCCCAGGAGCCUGUGACACUGGAUUUUCUAGAUGCGGAGCUGGAGAAUGAUAUUAAAGUUGAGAUUCGGAAAAAAAUGAUAGAUGGAGAAAGUGGAGAAAAAACGUUUGAAACAUUGGUCAAGUCCCAAGAUGAGAGAUACAUUGAUAAGGGAAAUAGAACAUAUACGUGGACUGCUGUCAAUGGCACGGAUUACAGUUUGGCAUUGGUAUUACCAUCAUACAGCUUUUAUUAUAUUAAAGCCAAAAUAGAAGAACCAAUAAUUCAAGCUAGAUUCAAAAAGGACUCAGAAACACUGAAGCUUGAUCAUUUUGAUGAAGCUGGCUAUACAUUUAUAGCACCAAGAGAAUACUGUACUGAUGUAAAAAAAUCAGAAAACAACACAGAAUUUCUAUUAAAUUUCAAUGAAUUUAUUGAUAGAAAUACUCCAAGCAGUCCUUCAUGUAAUACUGAUAUGGUCAUUAGAGUUUUGCUGGAUGCAGGAUUUACAAAUGAACUUGCCCUAAAUUACUGGAGUAAGCUGUCUUUUGAUGGAGUUGUUGCACAAUUUGUUGUUACGGAUGGUGGAAUUACUAGAGUGUUCCCCAAAAGGGCAGGAGAAGAUUGGUUGGAGAAUGCUGAAACUUACGAAGUCAGCUUCUAUAAACGGAGCUUAGAUAAUGACAACUAUAUUUUCACAGCUCCGUACUACAACAAAAGCGGUGCCAAUAGCUAUGAGACAGGGAUAAUGGUAAGCAAGGCUGUGGAAAUAACCAUUAAUGGGAAACUUCUGAAACCUGCAGUUGUUGGAAUAAAAAUUGAUGCAAUCAGAUGGAUGGAAAAUUUCACAAAAACCACAAUCAAAAGCCUGUGCAACAGUGAAAUCUGUGGCUGUGAAAGAAACAGUAUGCAUGUGGACUGUGUUAUCCUUGAUGAUGGUGGGUUUCUUUUGAUGUCAAAUCGAGAUGAGUAUACCCCACAGAUUGGAAGAUUUUUUGGUGAAAUUGACCCUGGCCUCAUGCGAAACCUGAUUAACAUGUCCUUAUAUGCCUUCAACAAGUCUUAUGACUAUCAGUCUGUCUGUGAUCCAGAAGAAGAACCGAAACAAGGAGCUGGACUUCGUUCUGCUUACGUGCCUACAAUAACAGAUAUUUUGCAUUUAGGAUGGUGGGCUUCGGCAGCUGCCUGGUCUCUCUUACAGCAGCUGUUUUUGAGCCUGACUUUUCCACGUUUUCUUGAGGCAGCUGAUAUGGAAGAAGAUGAUUUCGGUGCUGCCCUGCCCAAAACAAGCUGCAUCACUGAGCAAACUCAGUAUUUCUUUGAAAACGAUGAUAAAUCUUUUAUUGGCAUUGUAGACUGUAUAAACUGCUCCAGACUUUUUCAUGCAGAGAAGAUUUCAAACACCAAUCUAGUAUUCAUUAUUAGUGACAGCCAACUGCUGUGCCGCUCCUGUGACCCAAAGCCACUGAUGCAAGCAGAGAAGCCGGAUGAAGGGCCAAAUCCUUGUGAAAUGGUUAAGCAGCCUAGAUACCGAAAGGGGCCUGAUGUCUGUUUUGAUGAAGCCAAACAGGAAGAUUCAGCCGACUGCGGUGGUGUUUCUGGUCUGAGUCCAUCACUGUGGUCGAUGGUAGGAAUUCAGUUGGUCCUGCUUUGGCUGUUAUCUGGCAGCAGACACUGCCAGUUAUGACCUUGUUAAACCAAAACCUGCAUAACUUAAUGAAGUCCGGCCAAAACAAUAGCCUCAAUUUCAUUUUAAAAGGGUCAGCUAUUCAGACAGCAGAAGAACAGCAAUGCUCAUGUCUGCUUUUCACUCCUUGCGAGWCUCAUAAAGGCACCCACAGUGGCUGCAUGUUGGAGUGUCAGAUCCUUAAAUUUGUGUGAAUGCUGCAUCAUCUAUGCCAUCUGAAUGGAAUUCUGUAUGUGUUUCAUUGGGGAAUCUCAGAUUUUUGUUUGUUGGUGUAAUAUUAAUGACUUCAUGUAAAAGGGCUCCCCUUAAAAUAGCUUAUAUAUAUAUAUAUGAUUUUCAUUUAUUUUAACCUUUGGAUUUUCUUGAAGAUCUUAUAUUCUUUUACAUGAACAUUUGUUAUAAAUAUAUAUAUAUUAAAAAAAAAAAAAAAAGAAAAAAAAAAGGAAAAAAAGUACUGGCCCAAUAUACUUUCCAAUACUACGAUGGCUGCUUUGAACGUCAGUUUUGUCCAAACCAGGGAAGUGAAAUGAAAAUACUGGCURGUCUCCAUCAGAAGUUCAUCAGCAUUGACAUGCUUUAGGAUAAGUGGUUUCCAAAUAGAUAUCCAAAGAUAUCCAAUGGAUAUCCAAGAUAUCCAAAAUUAAAGGUGGCCAGCUGAGUUUUGGUAUGUUGGUAAAUUGAUGGAUUGAAGAAAAGAAAAAAAAAAAAAAAGAGAAACUACUGUAUUUAGAAAUAUAAGGGUGCUUGAGAGCUUAACUUAAAAAAAGAUUUUAUUCUUGAACUUUGUCAUCUAUCAGAAAAAUGUUGAUUUCAAUGUAAUAAUCACCUUCUCUUCACAAUGCAGUUAUAUAUAAUGCUAGUGAAAUCCUUCAAAUGCUCAGAAAAAAAAUGCUUGUGAAUAAAAAAAAAAUGUCUUUGUGAUUAUUGAGCGUUGGUUUCCAAGGGUAUUUUGCAUGAUGAUGAUGCUGCGUUAUUGUUUUUCAGUUUGUUUUCUUUGAUGGUAGAGUAUAGUCCAUUGAAAAGGUAACUGAGUGAUUCUUUUGUUGUGUGAGAAACUGAUCACUGCAAUGUUUUACAAUCAAAUCAUAUUAAAUUAUAUUAUUAAACAGAGCUCUGAAUAUACUGUGCAAUGAAAAAGCUAAGAAAAUAAGGUAAAUUUAGCUACUGUAGCAAAAGGGUUGAUGUGGAUUUUUUACAGAAUAGCACUCUCACAUGAAAACCUGUGUACAGAUAUUUUCAAUAUAUAAAAAUCAGAUUUGACACAUUUAUUUUUGAAUUUAUAUGUUCUGUAAGGUUCAUAUCGGGUUCCCCCUUUGCUUCUUUUAUUUAAAGAUAUCUGUGAUGUUAAAACUUUUUCUGUUGCUAUUUAUUAUUGGAGAAAACAAAUCUAACAGAGCCAAUCUCCUGGUUGCUAAAAUUAAAAGAACUAAACAAAUGGGGAGCCCUGAAUCUCUAUGUAUGCAUAUUGAUACUUGAUUGUGAAUAAUAAUUUUAAAAGUUGUUUUUAUGCAACCUCAUUGCUGAUACAGGUUGGUGCAGUAAAUUGCAAUAUGACAGUGUAGCAUAGUGUUGAUGCAGAAUAUGAUUUGUGCUUUUUUUUCUAGUUUUCAAAACUAAACAGUAUUGCAAGACAGCUAAACCAAUGAAUGUGCAACUCCUGCUGAUAUUGUACAAUUUUGCUAACAACUGCAAUAUGCAAAUAUAAACAUGGCACAAUACACUAGCUAUUUAAAAAAAGUAAGAAAAUGCAAAGCCUUGGUAUGUAUACGCUGGCAACUGAUAUAAUUUUGAUCAUGUCAAAAGCUUAAAGAAAUAAUUGGGCAUGCAUUAAUAUCCAAUGAAAACUGAAGAAGCUACUCAAAGCCAUGGCAUGGCUUGAAAGAUCAAAUGCCUACUGUAGCUGUACCCGUCGUUGAAUCGUUACUUUUCU